AUGCGAUUACAAAUAUCUCAACAGAAAGACUUCAUAAAGAUAUAUUUGUAUAGUUAUCAAACCAGUAGUAGAGUGGCUGAGACCACUGUUCCUUCGUUCUAUUUCUUAUUUUAUUUCUAUUUAGUUCUAUUUAAAUUUUACUUGCUUUUUUAUGUGUUAUCUCUUUAUUUAUUACUUAUUUUAUUGACAUAUUUAUGGUUUGCAGAUGGCAGUCAAGAGAGAACUGUAUCUUUACUGGUUGAUGGCGAAGAAACAGAACUAUCUUGUGAAGAUCCCAACGAUUCUUCGUACGAAGUCGAUGAAAACACAUUUUGUGCCACUGAUGCCUUCCUCUUAGUGUAUUCGGUAACACGACGAAAGACCCUCACAUUUGCUGUGCAGACACUGGAAAAACUGAGACGUCUGGAAGUCAAAUGCCAAUACUUCUACCCGAAUUUGGGACCAAAGGUUUACAUUUUAGUAGCCAAUAAGGUGGAUUUAGUACGUUGCAGAACCAUAUCAACGGAUGAAGGAAAGUCCCUGGCUGAUAAACUUGAUGUGAAAUACAUAGAGACUUCAGUAGGCUUCAACCACAAUGUCGAUGAACUUCUUGUUGGAAUUGUUACCCAGAUCCGACUAAAAACAAAGCAGCGUCAGACAGCGCAGACGACAGUUAAAAACUUUAUUGCUAGGUCUAUGAAAUUUACUUACAAAACCAGAGGUUUCAUAGAUCGUCUUUUGCAGAAAUGUGACCUUAAGACAAGAUCUUGCGAUAACCUAAACAUUUUGUAGUGUGCUUUACGGCAAAUUUUACUGAAUAGUGAAAAUAUUUAUGCACGAAUGCUGAAAAAUCUUUAUUAAGUUUCAGUUUCGAAAGAAUUCAAAAUAGACAAAUUGUAUGAUGAUUUAAGACAUUGAAAGAAUUAUCGGAAAAUACAAUCAAUUCAAUUUUUUUCCGUAACCAUGAAUUUAUUUCUUGUAUUUGAACCCUUAUUGAGCAGUGUUUUCCAAUAAUUGGGGUUGUUUUCUUUGCACUUAACAAACAUGCUCAUUAACUCAUUUUGAACGUUUAAAUAAUUUUUGUAUUUAACUCUAAAUCCUUGAUUUUAAAACAAUACAACUACAUCUAUGCUGUUACCCAACAAUAACAGGAGCAUAUCAUUUGUAAUGUUCAUCAAAAUGUGCAAGGUUUAAUUGUGGUGAAAAGGUUUGUUUUAAAUUUUGGAAUCAAUCACAUGAUUCAUAUAAAAAAGAAUCAAAUAAACUAAAUUUAUAUUUAAUUCUGAAAUUUCAGAUUUGGCAGGCUUUCGAAAGGAAAGUUCGUUUGCAGAAUCAUAAAUCAUUUCUUUCAAUCCGUUAAUGAGUCUCAUCUCUAACUAUUAAUGACAAAUAAAAUUAUCAAAAUUUGUAAUGUAAAAAUAACGGCUAAAAUUCCAUAAGCCGGGUAAGUUGGCGCCAAACUAUUUUGGCCUUAAAAAUUUGGCG